UAGGGUGGAGCUUCAGUUUGACUGACAGCUGUUUUUUCACUGCGCAGCUGCUUCUUAUGUAGUUGCUUCAUUUAAAAAUAAUAAUAAUUUUAGGAAAAAAACUAACAUUUAAAAAAAGAGAUCUGAUCUUUUUAGAUAACUGAUAGUUGGAAUUUCUGUUUUUUUUUUCUUCAUUCGGUCCUACCUUCCUCAUCCUCUGCCUCACUAAUACUCUCCAUCCCCCUGCAGCUGAGAUAAAGAGGGAACCGCUGUCUUUCCAGAGAUGACAAAAAAAAAGUCUACUCCAGAUGCAGCAGGUGCUCCAGGAGGUCCCGGGGCCCCGGAGGGCGAGGGGGGCCCUCCGGCUGCGGCCCCUAAUCUGACCAGCAACAGGCGACUUCAGCAGACACAGGCACAGGUUGAUGAGGUGGUGGACAUCAUGCGCGUGAAUGUGGACAAAGUGUUGGAGAGGGACCAGAAGCUGUCGGAGCUGGACGACCGGGCGGACGCCCUGCAGGCCGGAGCUUCCCAGUUUGAGAGCAGCGCCGCCAAACUCAAGAACAAGUACUGGUGGAAAAACUGCAAGAUGAUGAUCAUCAUGGGAGUUAUAGGUGUCAUAUUUGUCGGAAUCAUUUUCUUGUAUUUCUUCAAAUGAGCUUCACUUCAAAGAUGACCGCACAGGCCGCAGGACAAGAACACACAACACAGACCCGUCUUCCCUCCAGCUCCUUGUCCUCCUUAUCAGUUUUAACCUCAAUCGUUCUCCUUCAUGAUUCCUGCAGGUUUACAGAGUUCAGCAGCUGAUGAAUGAGGGCACAAGGGGCUUUUCUCUUUCAGUUUGACUUUUAUUUUUUUUAAAUCAAAAUGACUUAAAUAUAGUCUUAGUUAAAUGGAGGCAAAUUUCUGUUUCUGGAGAUGUUGCAGUUUAUGUUUUUGUUAAUGGAGCAUUAUAAGUGCUAUAUAUUUCUGUUUAAUUUUAGACUCAAGAUAAAGGGGAAAUUGUUAAGGCAAGAAUAAUUUUAUUCAUUAUGUAUUGAGUUAACUUAUUUUUUAGGACACUAUAUUUAGCUACAAGUGAAAGUGGAAAUAUUUUUCAAGGAAGUUUUACUUUGAAAAUAUAUUAAAAGUACAUCAUUCAAAAUGACAAUGAUUUUUGGGGGUUGAAUUUGAAGAAGUAAAUUACCUGGAAUAGAAAGACGUGUGUAAUUUUUUUUUACCAUAAAAAUAAGUGCAAGAUGAGAAAUUAUUCAAAAGCCUGAAUCAGAAGAUGUUUGGUGAACUCAUGUCUGCUCUUCUGCUGGCUGUGCAGCUCUUUGCCCUCCUGUCUUAAACUUCCUGUGUUUCUUCUGAAAAGAAGCAGAACUUUCUCAGCUGGUGUUUCUGUCCUUCAUGUUUUAAACCAAACCCCUUGGUGAUUUCCCUGAUUUUAACGUAGGACAUGUUUCUUUACUGAUUUCCUUUGUGUUUGUAAUGUCUUUUCUAACACAUGAACCAGGACUUGGAUCACUGAAGGACUUCUGCAGUGUGGAUGAAUUACAUUUAAAACGCUGAAUGGUUACACGCGACUAUUUGUUCUAUUACACUGAGCGACAGAUGUUUUUGAAUGGGGAGUAUUAAAUUCAUGUUUGCAAUCAGUUUGCAGUUUGGCUUCUUAUUUGUUGUAAAAGCAAAAUAUUUCAGUUGCAUUAUAAAACCAAAAUAAAUGGAUCAUCAGAUUCAGCAAAAAAUAUCCUUGUAAUGUUUUUGCUGUGCAACAAAAUGUUAAAUCUCUGUUAAAUUUAACGCUCAGCUUUUUAUUGUGUUUGGAUAAAAUGUUUAGACAAAACUCUGCUCUCUAAGUGUUGUUUUCUAGGAGUGCUUUUUAAAUUCUACUUUCAUUUUCAAUGGAAAUAUGUAUUAAAGUGCAAUUUCCUGAUGUUGAUCUGAGGGAUGUGUCUCGGGAAUUCCAAACCCUUUUGGGGGGGGGGGGGUUGUCCCUUAGAUUUUAUCAGUUUGAACUUUUUUUAUGAAGCACCAAUUCAAAAUAGAUAAAGGUAAAAAUUCUCACAUGGAUUUCUCUCACAAUAUUGUGUUUGUAACCCAUUUUCAUCUGUUCCAGUGCUUUGAGACACAGACUUUGUUUUUCAAUAAAAAAGGCUGCUGGGAAGGAAGAAAAAAAAAAAAAUCACUGGGAGAAUCUCA